CAGAGAGAAGUGAAACAGAAGAACACAGAAACUUUCUGUAGAUUAUCAGACGGAGGAGAAAAACAACCCCAAAACCAGAAGGGCGCUUUUUCUAGCCCUUUUUUUUUUUUAAAGAUGCAGACUGAUUGCUGUAUUUCUUUAACACCUUUUAUCCGAUCUAUGACGCAUUGGAGAAACUGAAACUGGAUUUUACAGAAGGACCAGAACAGUUGGAGAGCACUGAUAUUUUUCCCCCCUUGGAUUAUCAAAAUGCGCAUUUUCUUUAGUGAUGUCCAAAAGUCGGAAGGUGUUUGGAGUGCGAGCGGAUCCUGUGCUGGAGUAAAAACUAUUCUGGAGUUUUGCGUUCAGAUCUAGCUCUCUCUCUCUCUCUCUCUCUCUCUCUCUCUCUCUCUCUCCUUGUUUUUGCACGUUUUUUUCACUUUUUUCACGUGAAGGCAUGCGGUGCGCACAGGGCGCGUGGAAGGAUGCUCCUGCUUCUGCUUCUGCAAUGGAAAUGAAGAGCACUUUAUCAGCCGCGCUUUUGCUUUUGUUUGUCCUCUUUUGUCCGGCUUUCAGCCAAGAACUCAAUCCCAAGGGCCGGAAUGUGUGCAGGGUACCAGGGUCUCCGGGGUUUGCAUGUUGCAGUGGAUGGGCACAACAAGGAGACGAGUGUUUGACACCUCUUUGUGAGGGCAAUUUCACUUGCAAGGAGAACGAGGUGUGUGUCCGACCAAACGAGUGCCGCUGCCGUCAUGGAUAUUUUGGAGCGAGCUGUGACACCAAGUGUCCUGCUCAAUUUUGGGGUCCCGACUGCAAAGGCAAAUGUACGUGUCACCCUAACGGAAAGUGUGAUGAUGUAACAGGCAAGUGCACAUGCCACCCAAAUCGUUGGGGCGAGAACUGUGAGAAGCCAUGCCCAUGCCAGAAAGGCAAAUGUGACCAGGAGACUGGCAAGUGCACGUGCCAUGCUGGCUUUUGGGGUCCACACUGCAGCAACAACUGCUACUGCAGCCUAAACUCUGUAUGUGAUCAGAGCACAGGCCGCUGUCUCUGCUCUCCGGGGUGGUACGGGCGCAACUGCGGUGCCCAGUGUGCCUGCAACAACUCACCAUGUGAGCAGUUCACCGGCCGAUGCCAAUGCCGUGACCGUCUGUGGGGCCCAAACUGUGAACGCUACUGUCAGUGCGUACAUGGGAAAUGCAACCAGGCAGAUGGCUCCUGCACCUGCAAACCAGGUUACAGGGGCAAAUUCUGCAGGGAACCAUGUCCUGCUGGGUUCUAUGGGCAGAACUGCAGGAACAAAUGUGGUCACUGUAAGGGUCAACAACCAUGUAAGGUCACAGAAGGACGCUGUGUUACCUGCGAGAGAGGUUGGAAUGGCACCAAAUGUGAUCAGAUGUGUGCGCCAGGCUUUUUCGGAGAGAACUGCAAAGAUGAGUGUCCACCAUGUAAAGACGGCCAUUAUUGCAACCGCAUUGAUGGAAAGUGCUCCCACUGUAAUCCCGGCUGGAUCGGAGAUCGCUGUGAGGUUCGCUGUCCCAAUGGCACCUAUGGAGAGAACUGUGAGAAUGACUGUAGCCACUGCUUUAAUGGAGAAUGUCACUUUGCCACAGGAGAGUGCCUUUGUGAUCCUGGCUUUUAUGGGACUUUUUGCAAUCUGACCUGUGAGUCGGGCCAGUUUGGGGUUAACUGCGCACAAACGUGUCCUUGCCAUGAUAAAAACUGUAACCCCGUGUCUGGAGCCUGCAAUCUAUAUCCUAACCAGCGGAUGGGUGUGAUCGCUGCAGGCACACUGGUGUCCUUACUGCUGCUCAUCCUGCUCUCGCUGCUCUGCUGCUGCUGCCUCUGUAGCAAUAAAGACAGCCAUAGUUCAGACCGGGAAAACUCGACCAGCAGUAAGAAGGCCAAGAGGAUCCUGUGUGGACGAUUUAGUCGAAUCAGCACCAAGCUUCCCAGAAUCCCCCUGCGCAGACAAAAACUCCCUAAAGUCGUUGUAUCUCGCCAUGACCCUGAGAACACCUUUGACUGCAGUUUCAUUGAACCCCCAUCUACCACCGAGCAUCAGAAUCCAUCUUGGUCCUCCCAGGAGUCCUUCUCCUCUUUUGAGACGAGUGAAGACGGCCCAGUUUACUGUGUGCCCCAUGAAGAUACCAUAAACGAGGGUAAUGCAAGACCCAGCCCCAAUGCCACUACAGAGAAUCUAGUGGAUGUUAAUGAGGGUGAUGCUGGAGAAUACACCUCUCUCAAAGACACAAGAGCGACAACAAAGCCUGUCAACGAUGGCAGUGAGCAGCCGCUGCUAAAGUCAGACAGUGAAGGCUCCACAAGUGGGUCAGAGUCGGCUAUGGGAGCUCUUUAUGCACGAAUUGCCCGCCUCUCUAAGAAUUCCAAAGAGGAGGAGGACAGCAGCAUGGCUGAGACCAAAGCCAGUGACAAGGCCACAUCCCCUGAGAAGACCAAACCCCGACCACCAGAUCCGUCUACCAAACCAAAGUUGUCUUGGAUCCAUGGAACUUCAGGAGCCAACCAAACAGAGAAGGGCCAGACACCUUCCCCAUCAAAAGAGAAGAAAAGAACCACAACAGAGGGUUCUGGAAAGGGGGAGGAGAAGCAACGAUCAAAGGAGAAGUCAAGCAAGAAAUGUGAGCAGAAGAAUCAAGAUGGUAAGGGUGAUGGGAACAAUUCCCCAAGCAAAUCCAAAGCCCACAAAGCUUCAGAUCCCAUCGAGCACAUCAAUGGAGCUGUCCAGAAUGCCUUAAAGAAAAUUGGAAACUUCCAUUCAGAUAGGAAAAGUUGUGACACGACCAAAGAGCCAUCCAAGAGUCCAAAGAUCAUGCAUCCUCAUAUAAACUCAGAGGCGGCGACUCUUCUUGCCGCACAGCUCAAAGAGAAGACCCAGAGUCUGAAUCGAAAUGAAGGCCUUUCUGUUGGAAUCAAACCCAAUGGGUUGUCUACCCCGCAGGUCAACAGGGAGAAACCCACACCACCUCAGAAGGCCAAGCGAUCAGUGACUGCAGCCAACAAACCCCUUCUGCCAACCUCCAAUAACCUUCAGAAGAUGAUUGCUCCUGUAACAGACUCCACCACCCCUGAGCCUCAAAGCCCAGAAAUGCAGGCCAUCAAUGGGACCCAGAUAGGAGAUGCAGGAGAUGCUACACCUAAGAAAACACCCAUUAAAAAACCACCUAGAAAGAAAGGCAAGGAGACGACCUCAGAGACAGAACCUAAGACCACUCCAAAAAUGGCAAUUAUGCCACCUCAGAUUGUCAAAUAGACAAUUAAUUCGGAAAUAACUGGGCUGACCAUGCAGUGCCUGCCUGUAGUGAAUGAAGCCUUUGCCUUAAUACUUUACUGUCUCAUGUUCAUGAUAAACAAACUGUUGGAUGGUUACCAAAUGGAAUUGCUGCAUACUGGGUAUAUUAUUCUGCAAGAUGUUUUUUUGUUUUGUUUUGUUUUUAUCAAAUCAUUUGAUGUCCAGGACUAGCUUGGAGAAGGAACAGUCACUGGCUAACACACUGUGCCUUGAAAGGGACACUUGUACUGCUUGUACAGUUUUGAGCAAAAUUCACAGUUGUAUAGUAGGUGAAAUUAUAUUUUAUAAAAUUUUAUACGCAGAAGGCAAGUCUGCAUUUACCAACCUGCAUACCAAUCUUCAUAUUGAUCCAGGCUGUCUUUUCAUAGUGAUAUGCCUUACGGAAAAAAAUCCAAAACAAAACAAAAACAUAUUAUCCGCAGUAUGAGCAAAGGUAGGACUUAUGUGAAUACAGUGGUACUAUUGUUCGUCAUAGUGGUGUAACCCAAGCAGUUCUUCCACACCGAUCAUAUAUUUAAGAGAUUCUGUCAUUCUGUAAGAGUUCUGUUGAUGUCGACAUAUUUCUCACACCAUGUUGAGACUAGAGUUCUAGAUUUCAAUAUGUAAUAAUAUCAGGUGAAACUUGUAAAACUUGACCGAAGAUGGGACAAAGAUACCAAAAAUAUAUGCUAAACAUCUUCUCUCAGCUAAAAAAAAAUAGAUUCCAUGUUGGAUUGUGGCACAAAUAGAUCUCGCAAACAGUAGAGAGUACAUACAAUGCCUGUGGGACUUUUAUAACUGACAGAGGAACCAUUAAUACCUUAAUGCUGCUGUUAAAUAACAUAUACACAGUAAUUUUAUUUGCUUCUCCUACCAUUCUCGUAUUAUUUGAAUUGCUUACACUUUCAGAGAUGUCUAGGGGAAUAAGCUAGACCCCCUAGGUUGAAUGUCUAGGUCAGACUAUUUGUGGUUUUUCAGUAGGAAAGGAAUUAACAGCGCCAUAGAGCACAAUACGAGGUUUUUGUUGCCUCAGCUCCAGUCACAGCAUGUGGACAACAGACCACGGACUGGCGAGAGAUUGAUAGACGGUGUUGCAUUACAGUUACACAAACAAGUCUGGUGUGAUGUUAGUGGGCGAACUGCCAGAAAGAGGAUUAACAGGCAACAAACUGAGCUAGUGAUUAUUUUUAACCAUAAAGUUUUUUUGUUGUAUGUGGCUGUUUCAUGGGGUCCAUGUUGUUCCUCGUCUGAUUCCCAGGCUCUUUACCAGUGAGUGCAGCUUACUCUAUUUUAUGGGUGUAUAAUACAUAGUGCAUUUACAAAUGAAUUUAAUCCUUUAUACACAUCCAAAAAUGCACAGUAUCUCAUUCAUCUCAUCUCAUUAUCUCUAGCCGCUUUAUCCUUCUACAGGGUCGCAGGCAAGCUGGAGCCUAUCCCAGCUGACUAUGGGCGAAAGGCGGGGUACACCCUGGACAAGUCGCCAGGUCAUCACAGGGCUGACACAUAGACACAGACAACCAUUCACACUCACACCUACGGUCAAUUUAGAGUCACCAGUUAACCUAACCUGCAUGUCUUUGGACUGUGGGGGAAACCGGAGCACCCGGAGGAAACCCACGCGGACACGGGGAGAACAUGCAAACUCCACACAGAAAGGCCCUCGCCGGCCACGGGGCUCGAACCCAGGACCUUCUUGCUGUGAGGCGACAGCGCUAACCACUACGCCACCGUGCCGCCCCGCACAGUAUCUUUAUUCCUCAUAUAACUACAAAAGAUAUGUUGGUUUCAAGUUGAGUCAUCAAUAGUUCUUGAAGCAUCGUCUAUUCAGGGUCAAAACUUUACUGUUUUUAUUGAAUCAGUUAUAAGCUCAUCUGGCCGACAGGUGAUAAGCUUAUACCAUCAAGUGUUGUCCGUUGUUUGCCAUCUGUCAUCCAUCCAUCGUCAUCCACAUUUCACGAAAAUCACUUCUUCUCUCUCAAUUCUUCACCGAUUUUGAUUCUUUCUGGCAUGAAGGUAGGGAUACCUAGGGUGCAUAUAACUUCUACCCAGAUUUGCGUAAUUACAAUUAUUAAUGAAGUUAUGGACUAUCCAUCCAUUAUCUGUAGACACUUAUCCUGUACAGGGUUGCAGGCAAGCUGGAGCCUAUCCCAGCUGACUAUGGGCAAGAGGCGGGGUACACCCUGGACAAGUCGCCAGGUUAUCGCAGGGCUGACACACAGAGACAAACAACCAUUCACACUCACAUUCACACCUACGGUCAAUUUAGAGCCACUAAUUAGCCUAACCUGCAUGUCUUUGGACUGUGGGGGAAACCGGAGCAAACCCACGCAGACACGGGGAGAACAUGCAAACGCCACACAGAAAGGCCCUUGUCUGUCGCUGGGUUCAAACCCAGAACCUUCUUGCUGUGAGGUGACAGCGCUAACCACUACACCACCGUGCCGCCCAAGUUGUGGACUAAUUAAGCCUUAAUGUGCAGUUCAACAAAAAUUGCUUCUUCUUGGUCAAUUCCUCACAGUUUUGGAUUCUUUCUGGUAAAUAUCUGAGGUGGACUGAUUGAGAGUAGAACUGUGCAUGGUGGCCCACUUUAGAUAGUUUCUUCUGGACGAGACGGGGCCAGAGUGAGCUUCACCAUCAUUGACGCUCUCGUUCAAAUAAGAAUUUUUCUCAUAUAUUGAAAAAUGGGAAAUAACCAAUGAUGGUUGGGUUUGGUAUGAUGCUGCCUGAUACCAUUACUGUUACCACCAUGAAGUUGAUUAUUUUCCUAUAACGACAUGUCCUAUGGGCAGCACGGUGGUUAACAUUGUUGCUUCACAGCAAGAAGGUUCUGGGUUUGAUCCUGGUGACCAACUGUGGUCUUUUUGUCUGGAGUUUGCAUGUUCUCCUCAUGCUUGCAUGGGUUUCCUUCAACAAUCCAAAGACUUGCAGCUUAGGUCAAGCAGCUACACUAUUGCUGCUUUUCCACUACCAACGUGGCUGAGUCAGGCUGAGCCGUGCCGUGCUGAGUUGGGCUGAGUCGAGCUGAGUGGGGCUGUUGGUGUUGCAUUUCGACUACAACCGCGCUGAACCGUGCUGGCUGGAAGUGGGUGGACACAUUGGGUGGAGUUAGCGAAAGUGGGUGGACGUCACGUGAUGUCGUUAGGCGGCGCAAACAGUGACAUCAGUGAUCUUUUAAGCGGUAGUCUCACGACCCGGAGAGUAAACAAUAAACAUGGAGUCGUUAGUGUUGCUGGUCUUGGUGCUGUGGCUUGUUGUCACCGACAACGGCAACAGAUACUGGCAAGAGCGUAUAGAUGAGGCAAGGCGCAUAAGGCUUCAGAAAUUCUCGUAAUUCGUAAUUAUUAUUCUUCCGGGUUUACAGUGUUUACAGAUCCCAGCGUGCUCGCGGGGCGUGUGUGGGCAUGUGAGGACACUCCUCCUCACCAAUCAGUGCACAGGGGAGUGUCUGCUCACGCCCCUAUCCCCACUCGGCUCGGUUUGGCUCGCUUCAGCCCUACUCCAAAACCGUGCGAGUUUUGGGUGCUAAGCAGGGCUGAAGCAAGCUGAGUCGUGCUGCUCUAAGGUAGUUGAAACGCGAGCCGUGUCGGGCUGAAGUGAGCUGAAAAAGGGUAGUGGAAAAGGGCCACAAAUUGCCCAUAGGUGUGAAUGUGAGUGUGAAUUGUUGUUCAUUUCUGUGUAGCCCUGUGAUAGAUUAGCAACCUACCCAGGGUGAACCCUGCCUCUCACCCGAAGUCAGCUGGGAUUGGCUCCAGCUUCCCCUGCAACCCUGACGAAUAAGCAGGGAUAGAUGGAUAGAUGGAUCAUAUCCCAAAUUGUAUUAUUCCUCUUAUAUCACAGCAAACACAAACAUUCAAUAAAAAUAAUUAAGGUAUGACUCUUCAUACUAUUUACCCAUUUUAAUUUUAUUUAAUGAAGUGGAAUGUCCAUGAAACAAUUGAGUUCCAGUUAAAAGUUCUGACUGCAAAGUUGAAUUCUGGGCAAAAUGUUUUAUUUCUAUUGCUGUUGGAGUUUUGAGACAUUUUGCUACUGCACACACACACUGUGUAUCUUGUGUGUAAAUGUUUUCCCGAGAUAAAAUGCAUCCCGCAUUUUAUGAUUCCGGAGAUUGUCGAAGCAAGUGAGCAACAAUAUUAUGUGACCACCGUGGGGCGUUUGUUUGACCUACUUUUAACCAAAACAAGUCGGCAUGACAGGCAAACAUGACGGACUUGGCUCUUCCACCAGCUAAAAGCCAGUGGAAAAGAGAAGGAAAGCCUGCUUCGUGAGUGCAAAUGCAAGACAGAGCAAGGUUAGAUUACAUGUCAUUUUUCUGGACAGAUAACUAAAUCAUUCUAGCUAGCGCUUAGCUAUCUUAGCCUUAGAAUGCAUGGGCUUGACUCCACGGUAGCGAGUAUGGAAUUGUCCACCUCAUAUUUUUAUCUUACAGAGUAAGAAAUGAAAACACAAAAACAGUAGCAGAAAAAGAUAUAUUUGUCUUUUGUUUCACAGAUCUAUUCGUGACUGUCAACCACAAAUUACAUCUCUGCGACUCAAAACUCUCCGAGGUCGAUGCAGAGUCACGAUGUUUUUUGCGCAUCGUCAUCUUGGUGUGACGCAGUUCCAUGGUUAUGCCAAUUAGCUAAAGCACCUCAUGUUCGGCCGUUUCCUGUUUCUGUAGGACCGUACUGUUUAUCUCAAGAGGGAGGAAAAUGGUCCCAAAAUAAAGAAAAGCGACCCUCAGGACAUCAAAAUGAUCACAUCCCGUUCAUCCACAUGAUAUUGUUCUUGCGAGACAAAGGAAAAUGCCAUGCACAAUAAAAAAAUUGAAAAUUUCAGGUGACUUUGCAGUCAGCACCUUUAACACUUUUGUUAUAGUAGCUAUAAAUACCCUUUCCCUCUUAAUGUUAAAAAGAAAUAAAUACAGCCUGUCGUGUUGGCGAGAAACCAGAAAGCUCUCUUGUCCUGAAGACUUUGUCUGAAAAGUAUUGACACUGGAGACUCAUUUCCAAAAAUGUUCAAUAAACAUCUCCUCACAGAAACAGCUGCAGUUCCCACAGUUACAGACAUUUUUCUUUUAAUUGUGUUUAUGUGAAGCAAAUCCCAUCCCUGUGAGCUGUUAUAUACAGUAUAGGAAAGGAAAUGAAGAUUAGACUGAAUGCAUUAAAGCUAGACUGCCUUUCAGAUUUUUCAAGUGUAGGUCAUAAAAAGAAUUUUCCCCGACACCCAAUUAUUUUUGUUUCGUGGACCGAAAGCUACUGAAUUCAAAUCAUAGACUUCCAAUUUUAUUAAUUUUUUUAAUGGAACAAUUAAUGAAUUUAGGGCCAUAUUUUUUCCUGCUUCACCAUGACCCAAUACAAGAUACUAUGUCAUGCAUCAUGUCGUGGGCUUUCCCCGUUCACACAAAGCAUUGUGGGAUACAAAUUUGAAACAGGAGAGAAAAAUGGAGGACGUGAGUGCGCUAAUGAAACAUGAAAGACCAACUACAGUAACGGAAAGCGAGAAGAAGAAAAGAUGUUAUGUUAUAUAUGAAGGAAAGGAAACACAGGACCAAACUAAUAAAUAUCGGCGCUCAGCGAGCACCUCUGUGUGAUCAGCUGUUCGUUUAGCGACAGAAUGAUGGAACUGUCAGUGCACGCUCAAAGGUAAACCUGCGCAUGCGCGCACACACGGACUUCCUCUGUCUGCUUGACUGCGUGAAGCGAGCGAUUUCAUGCACGUUAUUUGCUUUAAUCCCCUCAAAUUAAAUAACUUCCCAGCCACAGAAUGGCCUGAUAUUUUGUGAGAUAUUACAGAAAUAAACAUAUAUCACAAUGACCACAUUUCAGAGGGAACUAAAUUUCAGUGAUUUUAUGAAAUCGAAAGGCCGUCUAGCUUUAAUAUAAACCUGUGAUUUUCCAUGUUAUAGAAUAUUAAAGGCUACAGUUUACCAUUUGAGUGAAAUAUGGCAUUAUUAAUAAUAAUAAUAAUAAUAAUAAUAAGAAGAAGAAGAAUAGACUCACUGGCGUGUGUUUUAUAAUCGAUUCAAUAAAACGUUAUUUUAUAUUUUAGUGUAAUAAAACGAUUGAAGCUUUUCUUAUCAAACCUGAAAAAAAGCAAUUACAUUAUCAACUUAUUUAAAUAUUUCACAUUUUCAAGCCUUAAAGCACUUGUAGGUUAUUCAAGGAUGAGACGAGGAAUAAACUGAUCGAAGAGACAACAGUGGCAAGAAAGAUGCAUUUUAAAAACUGGACAGUUUUGGAGUUUUAUAAAUAAAUAAAUGUUUCGGCUCUGGUGGUCAUGUUGGAUGUGUAAUGAAAGCAAGCAAUAGUAUUGAAAUUUGAUGUACAGUAAGGAUUUUUUUUUAAUUAUUAUUACCGUCAAUCUUUCUAUUAAAUGGUACCAAAAAUUUCCCUUUUUUUAAUAAUGGUUAUUUUUCUACAUUGCAAGGUAUUUUGUAAUAAUAUUUUGUUGUAUUGUAAUAUUCUAUGUUUGUAAGCUGUGCUUAUAUAACGUAUAUAAUAUUUUGCUCUUUCUUUUCAUUUUGUGUCAAAUGAACUGGCUUUCAAAUUUGAUACUUCUCUUUUUUUCACCCUCCUGCUUUUUUUUUCUUCUUUUUACAUUCAAGCAUCAGGUACAAAUGUAUACGUAUGAACACUUUACUUCGAAUGUGUUGUUUCAUCAUGUUUCUCUGUGGAUGUUAUUGUUUUAAACGGUAAAUCAUAUGAUGCAGAGGUCAGUGACAGAUCAACUUUAUCAACACUUCAACCCGAGGUCCAGUGAUUGAUGACAAAGAACACAUUUUUAUGUUUUUGCACAGACCCUGAAACCCUUCCAGCUGCAGUUGUGUGUCAGAAAUGUUUUCCGCUCUGACUGAGGCCUUCUCUGAAGCACGGCCCUGAAUUGGUCUGGAUCUCUCACUUCUUCGUUUCUGUUUGUUCUCAUGUUGUUAAUAUGUGGUUGUUCAGUUACUUUGUGUUGAAAUAAAAAUGAAACUUGUAGCUCCUGAA